AGCUACGGCGAGUACCGUCGAGUGAAUGCGAGGCAGGUCACGGGCGAUCAGAGGGUUCUUCCUGGUUUUGCGCGAGAUGAAAUAGAAAAUGCAGAAGUACUUCUGUCCUCUGGCUCAGGCCCCCGCUCCUCGAGGACGUUUUCGCAGAUGAAGACCGACCACCGCCGAGCCCUGCUGGUGCGUGUGACGCAACCCGCGACGGAGAACAUGUGGCACGCCGUGCACCUGCUGGCACCCCUCGCAGUGGAGCUCCGACAGGGCCACUUUGACUUUCUCGUGCUGGAUUGCUUAACCAGCAGCUUAGCCGGGGGGCCUGGUGAUGCUGCGAGGACCGUCGAGCGGCCGUGUAACCCUUCCGCCCCGUUGAUGCAGGCGUUUCUUCCGGUUUUGCUGGAGCAAGCUCGUCCUGCUGGAAGAACACGUAGAAGGACAGAACUGGUCUGUAUCAAAAGGAAAAUCCCCCGUCCCCAUAUCAAAACGGAAUUUCUGAUGCUGGAUUUGUGUACAAAAAUCAGAUUUGUCUUGCUGGAGAGGACUCCGCGCCCAUAUCAAGUUUGAGUAGAGAGGCUUUGGCCAAGGCGUUUAGCAUGAAAAGUGUCUGUGCUGUAGGCCCAACAGCAUGACGAACCGCCUGCAAAAUGCGGCGGAACCUGUGGACUUGCCUUCUUGCAAGACAAAUGCGAUUUGUGACCUCAAUUCAGCAACGCAAAUUUUCGGAAACAUACCUGCUCAAUAUGGGGAGGGGGAGUUUUUCCUUUCAAUAGUCUGGCUCAGGACACCCGCGGAGGCGGCGGCGUCGUCGUCGGCGUCGUCGUCAUCCAGCAACGCGGAAUCCGACGCCUUUUCUCCCUCAUGGCCCUCUACUCAGUGCUACGCCGCUGGCUCGCAAUGGGGUGUGGAGCACGUCACCCUGUUCGGCCGCGAUAAGGGCUCAUAUCCUCUGCAAAUAAUUGAACGUUCCUACCCGAAGAAUUGCCCACUGCGCGCUCGCCAUCCUUAAGAUACAGAUGGUAAAUCACGAAGAUUUGAGCGAUCUGCAAGACAGUGCGAUUUUUUGUGGAUUUAGUCUCGUUUAUUGAGGUAUAUUAUAGCCGGAUUAGGACUAGCGCUAGCCCACUUUCUCAUUCUGAUUGCUCGAGCAUGACAAAUUUCUAUAGGUGUAGAGCAAAACCGCAUCAAUGCAUCUUCUCAACAUGCGGCUCCUGCGCAUGAGACACAUCAUUUGAUAAUUCCGGGCAUCCGGAACCGGAUUUGCAUAUACAGGUAUGGCGUUCAUCUCGUGGGUAGGUCCUGUUUUUCCUCAUUUGGAUAGCACAUGGCGCGGUAUCAAGUCGGCCUUUGUGAACCAAGUCAACGCAGCCUGGCGUUCUGGUGGAUCAGGACCUUUCUCGGAGGAAAUAAUGGACGAGGAGCGGUUGCGAGACCAGGCCAACCAGCUCGACAGAGAUGUGGUGGCACCUCUCAGCACAGCACGACCACCCGGAGGUAUUAGAACCACAGCCCCCGCCGCCUCGGAGGACGGGAGCACGACACGUAGCACCCUGCAGGAACAAGUCAUCGCCGGUGCCAGUGGAGGUGAAGAAGAAGAAGCUACUUCGCCUUUCCCGUGCUCGCUGAAUCAUCUGGUCGGCGGCGUGGUCAUGACUGUAAAGAUGAGAGGCGGGGUUCUCUCGACUACGAGUGGAACAACAUAUCCACAAAAAAAGACCCAUCUUCCCCUUGCAAAUUUUCAUGCGGCAAAACAUGCCUAAAGCUAAAAUCCGUUGUGUGUCAUGCAAAAAAUGGAUGGGGUCUUUUUUUUUGUAUAGUUGUACAACAGCACGAGAUGCUAGUAGAAGUACAGCAAGAACCUCUUUCAAGAACACCGGUGGAGGCGCGGCUCCAAGUCGCGUCUUGCGCGUCGUCUUCGCGCUGCGGUUCGGUGAUUCGCGCCGCGUCGAGAAUUUGGCGGCAGUGCUGAAAGCCGUGUGUCUUCGCUUCUCGUAUAAUUCUGGGACCACUUCAACGUCGAGACGGGAUGAAGAAACAAGGGAUCCACCAUCGUGGUCCUCUGCGGACGGACGAGCAGAGGAAGAUGCUGUUUCUGCUUCCCCAACGAUAGAAUUUUUCGCGGUGGACCUGAGCCUUUUCUCGAUCCGGAUGCAGCACCGAAUCGUUCAGAACAGCCUGCUGAUCGGUCCGCACGGACAGGCGCUCUCCUGGUUGCCGUUCUCCAAGGGGGUCAUCGAACUGAUGCCGUUUAUGGCGCAGCUGGCUACGGAACUGUGCCGCAAGGGCUGGAACAACACGCCGAUGUAUGCCUACGGCGGGAUGGGCCUGGUAUUCGACGUGCCGCACUUGUGCCUUCUCGGCAACCCGAGGACGGAGAAGGAAAAGGAGGCGUCGCUCGGGACGGAGCUAAAUCACUGGAUCCGGCGUGACGUCCUGGUGGACGCAGCCAAGCUGGCAGACGGGAUGGAGGAAUUUUUCGCGAUGAUGACUUCAAGACCUCCGGAACUUCUAGAAAACAGCCUGCUUCUCGUCGAGAGUCUCUUCACGUCGCUCGUCGACCCAGGAGCACGUGGAGGAGGUCGAGAUGCAGAUGAUAAUGAUUUACCGGUAGAUGAAGACAUCAACAUCACGCACCAGGACGAGCGUACUAGAACAUCAAGUACAACUACCCCGACGAGUGCUAGAAACGAGACCUUCGCUAGCGUCGUGAAGAUCGAAAGCAAAAAUAAUUACGGAGUGAGAAUUCGUCCGGCACAGCGACAGCGUGCCCCGGGGGGUGAUCCGCGGUAA